AUGGGUAACGACGAGAAUAACAGUUCUCCGAGGCGGAAAGUGUCGAUAGGAUGUCCUCGUAAGUGAAUAUUACAAUGUUACGAUGUUUUCCAGCUAUGCCGUGGUUUGGGAUGGAUAUUGGCGGAACGUUGACCAAACUGGUUUACUUUGAGCCGGCUGACACGGUAAGAUAAUGUUGUUUUAGUUGUUUUGGGUUUAGGAAAGCCAAUAUCGUCUUAAUUUACGGUCGAAAAUUGUUGGAGCAGCUUUUUUUAUGUGUAGAAAGUGUUUCAGUAUUUUAUUUUACAUUUCUAAAACUUUUUAUGUUUAGAUGAUGUUGUAGUGAGUUUAACAUUUAAAAAUAAUCAUAAUCUUUUCUUUAUCUCUAGAAAUACCUGGACGAGCAUGAAAGCGAGCUAGCCAAGACGAUCCACCAUUAUUUAGUCAACAACCAAGCUUAUGGGGAGUCGGGAGUUAGAGAUUACGAGCUUCAGUUGAAUAAUGUUGUCGUUAAUGUAAGUUUAACCUUUAAUUGUACAACUACUGUUUAGAAUAGAAAAGGAACCUUGCACUUUAUAAGAUUUCCGACAGAAAAGAUGUCGAAUUUUAUAAAAUUGGCUAAAAGUAAGGGAUUUGCAAUGAUGAGUAGCACUGUUUGUGCUACUGGAGGUGGCGCUAUCAAGUUUUUCACAGCUACUGAAGAGGUAAGAUUUCCCAUUUUUGUUGUUUUAUCAUUUUUUUGUUUUAUGUUUGUCUUUUUUAUGUAAAGAAAAUAUCUUUAGAUUUUUCAACAAAGUGAUGUUAUUGUAGAGUUACAUCAUUUUAAAAUAAUCUUUUUGGUCUUUAGGAGCUGCACAUGAAGAUGAGAAAGUCUGAUGAGCUUGUGUCGCUAAUUAAAGGAAUAGAAUUGGUUACAUCUUUUGAUCCCGAUGAAUGUUAUUACUACGAUAAUCCUUUGGAUCCUCAAAAGUGUAAAAAAGUUAUCUGGUAAGGAAGUUAUCGCUACUGUGAUUGGGGUAAAGUUGCUCUGGCAACAUUAAUUCAUCAUGCCGUUUCUAUUAGCCGAAACACUUGAAAAUAUAAAAUCUUUUUUAAUUUUAUUUUUUCAGGAGAUGGUCAAGCGGAAGAUGCUCGUCAAUGGACCAACUUCAUGCUGGUCAACCUAUAAAAGAAGGUCUACAAUAUCCGUAUGUCGUGUGCAACAUAGGAUCCGGUGUUUCUGUACUGGUAGUUCGGUCUCACGAAAACUUUCAACGUGUAUCUGGUUCGAGUAUUGGUGGAGGAUUUUUUCAAGGUCUGUAUUACUUUUUGUUUUUGGUAUUUUUAGGUAAUAAAUGGUUUGAUAUUUGCACAAAAAAUAUAGAUUAAGAUUAAAAUAACUUGAUAUUAAGCUGAAAACCUUUUUAAUGAUAAAACUAUUAAUAACAUUGUCCUUUUAGGUCUAUGUUCACUGCUGUGCAAAUGUGACACUUUUGAAGAAGCAAUUGAACUAGCAGCCAAAGGAGACAAUGCCAAUGUUGACAAGCUGGUAAAAGACAUUUACGGUUCUGGAUAUGAAAGUGUUGGUCUACCCGGUAACAUUGUGGCAGCCAGUUUUGGCAAAGUCUGCAAUAAAGAGGCUAGAGAAAAGUGUAGACCAGAAGACUUGGCACGAUCAGCCUUGGUUACAACUGCAAAUAACAUUGGUUCGAUUGCGCUGAACAUUGCUAAUCAACAAAAGGUGGACCGAAUUGUCUUUGUUGGUACGUUUUUACUUUUUGUGGUGCACUGUAAAAUUACUGUAAUUUAUAUAUUUUUUUAACCUAAAAAUAAUAUUUUAGGUAACUUCCUGCGAGUAAACCCAAUUGCUGCCCGUCAUCUAUCACAUGCUAUGGAGUUCUGGUCCAAUGGUACCAAAAAGGCUUUGUUCUUGAACCACGAAGGCUACUUCGGCGCAGUCGGUUGCCUAGACAAACUGGUCGAUUUGGACGAGCAUCGUACUGUUGUUACGAUAAACGGUCACACAAACAUAGAAGUCAAUCCUCAGUGA